AUGUACAUCACUCUCUAUUAUAUAGUCACCCGCCUCCCUGACUCCCUUCGUGUAGUCAGGGACCACUUCCUCUCAGUCUGUCCCACCACUCUCACUGUUGACCUCAUAGAGAAGGCCCUCCUAGCAGCGGAGAAGAGCAUAGUCACUGUAGGAGCCUCUCGUGGUGACCCUCGCACCCCCAUCUUUGAGGGGUGUUCUCCUUCCCCCCUUUUGCCCUUUGUCGCCUCUGCCGCUGCGGCCGACCUCGUUGGUCUUGAGUCGGUCAGUGCGGCGUCUGCCCCUAGCGGGAGACGCCGCUCUGGCAAGGGCAAGGGGGGCAAGGGCGCGGGUGGAGCUAGCGGGGGCGGUGGAGGUGGCGGUAGAGGCGGCGGAGGAAGUGGGGGUGGCGGUGGGAGUGGUGGCGGGGGUGGAGGUGUCGGUGGCAGCAGUGGAGGCGGAGGCGGUGGAGGCGGCGGCGGUGCUAGCGGAGGCGGCAGUGGUGGCGGAGGUGGAGGAGGCGGUGGUGGAGGAGGUGGAGGUGGUCGGGUGGACCUCUGA